AUGUCUUCGUUCUGGGGAAGCUGUUUUGGGCGACAGAAGAAUUCGACAAAAGACGAUCCUGUACAAAACGGAUUCGCACUACCUCCGGCAGGCCGACGAGAGAUCGACAACGUCAAUCCGGCCAAAUGUAUCUUUUGCAACGUCACACCGGACCGCUUCAACAUCGUGUUGCAGGAUGAAGAGUUUAUCUGCUUCAGAGAUCGCUCGCCCGUGGCUGCGGUGCAUCUGCUCGUCAUUCCACGCACGCACAUUGCCAACGUCCAGAGCCUCACGCAGCGGGACAGCGACCUGGUGCGUCAAAUGCAAGCCCUAGGAAGGAAAGCGCUCGAACUCGUAUCACGUUCCUCCAGCGGCGCAGUACCAGAGAGGAGAUUCGGCUUCCACAUCCCACCCUUCCGCAGUGUCGACCACUUGCAUCUGCAUUGCCUCGAGUUGCCGUUUAGGAGUCGCAUCAAAGCUCUCAAGUACCGUGUGGCCGAACCACCCAGUCGAGACUACUACAAAGGAUGGUCGUGGUUCGCAGAGUGGCAGCAGACGUGCGCCUUGCUCGAUGCCGGGCGCAAAGUCAAGGUGGCCCGAUGCUAA